GGAGAAGGAAGUCAGAAGAGAGGUGCUGUGUGUGGGGUAGGUUUGCUAGAACAGACAUCAAAGACCUACUUUCUAAGAGAGAGAAAGAACAUCUGCAAGUACAAUGCUGUUCCUGCAACUUGUGUUGCUGGUGGUUCUCCUCCCAGGUGGUGACAGUGAAGAUGCCUUCCAGGAGCCGAUCGCCUUCCAAAUUAUCCUGACCAUAUCUUUUUACAACCAUUCCUGGACACAAAAUCUGGGUUCAGCUUGGCUGGAUGAGCUGCAGACUCAUGGCUGGGACAACAAGACUGGUGCUCUCAUUUUCCUUUGGCCUUGGUCCAGGGGCAACUGGAACACUGAGCAGCUGAUGAAAGUGGAAAAGUUAUUGUACACAUACUCCAUUGGAUUUCGUCAGGUGUUUCAAGACCAUGUCAGACACUGGCAGCUUGAAUAUCCCUUCCAGGUACAGCUCGCAGAAGGCUGUAAGCUACACACUGGGGAAGCAUCAGUAGGAUUUGUGCGGAUUGCUUAUCAAGGGGCAGAUCUCAUGAGCUUCCAGAACAUGACAUGGUGGCCAUCUCCAAAGGGAGGAAGUAGGGCUCAUCAUGUCUGCAAACUAUUCAAUCAGUACCAUGUGACGAAUGAGGAAAUACACACACUCUUUACUGACUCCUGCCCCCAGUUCCUCUUGAGUCUUCUUGAUGCAGGGAAGGAAGAUAUCCAGCGACAAGAGAGGCCAGAGGCCUGGCUGUCCACUGGCCCCAGUCCCGGUCCCGGCCGUCUGCUGCUGGUGUGCCACGUCUCUGGCUUCCACCCAAAGCCUGUGUGGGUGAUGUGGAUGCGAGGUGAGAAGGAGCAACAGGGCACCCAGCGAGGUGACGUCCUGCCCCUUGCUGAUGGGACGUGGUAUCUUCAGACAUCCUUGGAUGUGAAAGCCAGUGGGGCAGCUGGCCUGUCAUGCCGAGUGAGACAUAGCAGUCUAGGAGGCCAGGACAUGGUCCUCCACUGGGAGCAGCCCCACUCCAUGGGCUUGGUCUUCCUGGCAGUAAUAGUGCCCCUGGUGCUUCUGGCAGGUCUGGCAUUGUGGCUCUGGAAGCGCUGGAAAACACACUGGAGACCUCAGUGCACUGGCUUCCCUUUGGAGUGAGAUCCCAGCAGCCCAGGCUCCAGGAUUUAUCUAAACCCAGCUCAGCGGUGAUGUCCUUGCAACUCUCUACGUGCAAUUUUGUCUUUCACUUCUGCUUAAUUAUCUGUUGUCACUAUAAGUUCAGUGUAAUUUAGUGGGAUUUGUUGUUGUGACCUGAUUCUGGGACUUUAAAAUUCAAAAUUUAACUCUGGUGGAAUAAAGUCCCAGAACCUCCACGGGACAUCAGGCAUCAAAUGUCAGUUCCUCGAGAGCCUUCCCUGAUUUACUAGUGGAAGCAGUCUCUGCUUGGUGAAAAUUUCCUCAAUUUUUAGUUGCACUUUGGCAAAUCUAUUUCUGACCCCACCCCGUAUUGUCCCCUGUGAAGUCCCUUUUCUCCUUUUAAUACUUAGACCUGUUGAGAUCAAAGUCCAUGUUUUUUUUUUUUUUUUUUAACUUUU